AAUCAGAGCUGCUGAGUGAAGCCCUGAGCACACUGUGCAUCAAUCCAAUCUCCCUCCAGUUGCUGUGUUGUGCUGCUGAGUGAGUCUGCAACCAUGUCGAUGCUAGAGUUGGCAGACUUUGGGGAAGCUGCCUCUUUCCUGAGGAAAAGCGACAAGGAGUUAAUGGUUUUACAAACCAUCGCCUUUGAUGGUAAGAAGCGUUGCUGGGUUCCUGAUGAGAAAGAGGCUUACAUAGAGGCCGAGAUUCAAGAAGUUGGUGCUGGAAAAGUCACUGUGGAAACCAGGAAUGGCAAAACUAUAACAGUUAAAGAAGAUGACGUUCAGCAGAUGAACCCACCCAAGUUUGAUAUGAUUGAAGAUAUGGCCAUGCUGACCAACCUGAAUGAGGCCUCAGUGUUGUCCAAUCUACGGCGGCGUUACAGUAACUGGAUGAUCUAUACCUACUCUGGGCUGUUCUGUGUGACUGUGAACCCGUACAAAUGGCUCCCCGUGUACAGUGCACCUGUGGUUGCUGCAUACAAGGGAAAGAGACGCUCUGAGGCUCCACCUCACAUCUACUCCAUUGCUGACAAUGCGUAUAACGACAUGGUCCGCAAUCGGGAGAACCAAUCAAUGCUGAUUACUGGUGAAUCUGGAGCUGGGAAAACUGUCAACACUAAACGUGUUAUUCAGUACUUUGCUAUUGUUGCUGCCUUGGGAGAAGGAGGUGGAAAGAAGGGCUCUCAACCAGCUACAAGGACUGGGGGAACUCUAGAGGAUCAGAUCAUUGAGGCAAACCCAGCGAUGGAGGCUUUUGGUAAUGCCAAGACCUUAAGAAAUGAUAACUCAUCCCGUUUUGGGAAAUUUAUUCGGAUCCACUUUGGCCCAACAGGGAAACUGGCAUCAGCUGAUAUCGACAUCUAUCUUCUAGAAAAAUCUCGAGUAAUUUUCCAGCAGCCUGGUGAAAGAAGUUACCACAUUUAUUACCAGAUUUUCUCUGGCAAAAAGGGCGAGCUGUUUGACAUGCUACUGGUGAGCAGCAAUCCCUUUGACUAUCAUUUCUGCUCACAAGGGGUUGUUACUGUGGACAAUCUGGAUGAUGGUGAAGAACUGAUGGCAACUGAUCAUGCGAUGGACAUCCUGGGUUUCUCAGUCGAUGAAAAAUAUGGCUGUUACAAGAUUGUGGGAUCAAUCAUGCACUUUGGAAACAUGAAGUUCAAACAGAAGCAACGGGAGGAGCAGGCGGAGACAGAAGGAACUGAAAGUGCAGACAAGGCUGCUUAUCUAAUGGGCAUCAGCUCAGCUGACCUUCUGAAAGCCCUUCUCCAUCCCCGGGUCAAAGUCGGAAAUGAAUACGUGACCAAGGGGCAAACUGUGGCUCAGGUUACCUACGCUGUGGGAGCACUUGCCAAGGCUACUUAUGAUCGGAUGUUUAAGUGGUUGGUUCUCCGUAUCAAUAAGACCUUGGACACUAAGUUAUCCCGGCAGUUCUUCAUCGGAGUACUGGACAUUGCAGGCUUUGAAAUAUUUGAGUACAACAGCUUCGAGCAGCUCUGCAUCAACUUCACAAAUGAGAAACUGCAACAGUUUUUCAAUCAUCACAUGUUCGUGUUGGAACAGGAAGAGUACAAGAGAGAAGGCAUCGACUGGGUCUUCAUUGACUUUGGCCUUGAUCUACAGGCCUGUAUCGAUCUUAUUGAGAAGCCUUUAGGUAUCCUCUCAAUCCUCGAGGAGGAGUGCAUGUUCCCAAAAGCUACCGAUAUGUCAUUCAAAGCGAAGUUGUAUGACAAUCACCUGGGAAAAUCACCCAACCUGCAAAAACCACGGCCAGAUAAGAAACGCAAAUAUGAGGCUCACUUUGAGUUAGUUCACUAUGCUGGAGUGGUUCCGUACAAUAUUAUUGGCUGGCUCGAUAAAAACAAGGACCCCCUGAAUGAGACAGUGGUGGCAAUCUUCCAGAAAUCCUCUAACAAGCUGUUGGCUGCUUUGUAUGAAUCCUAUAUCAGUGCUGAAGCAGCCCAGGAGCUGAGCAAGAGUGGUGCAAAGGAAAAGCGGAAGAAGGCUGCCUCUUUCCAGACCGUGUCUCAGUUACAUAAAGAGAACCUCAACAAGCUGAUGACCAACUUGCGAUCCACCCAGCCUCACUUUGUACGCUGUAUCAUUCCCAAUGAAACCAAGACUCCAGGUGCAAUGGAUCCUUUCAUGGUUCUUCACCAGCUGCGGUGUAAUGGUGUCCUAGAAGGAAUCCGUAUUUGCCGGAAAGGCUUCCCAAACAGAGUACUCUAUGCUGACUUCAAACAGCGCUAUCGUAUUCUCAACCCAUCGGCUGUUCCAGAAGACAAGUUUAUCGACAGCAGGAAAUCAACAGAGAAAUUGUUGGGGUCUCUCGACAUUGACCAUACUCAGUAUAGGUUUGGUCACACGAAGGUGUUCUUCAAGGCCGGCUUGUUGGGUCAACUGGAAGAAAUGCGAGAUGAGCGUUUAGCAAAGAUCCUGACAAUGAUCCAGGCUCGCAGCCGAGGCCGAUUAAUGAGAAUCGAGUACCAGAAGAUCAUCGCCAGACGGGAUGCGUUACUUGUCAUUCAAUGGAACAUUCGUGCUUUCAACGCAGUGAAGAAUUGGUCCUGGAUGAAGCUUUUCUUCAAGAUUAAGCCUCUACUGAAGAGCGCUGAGACUGAGAAAGAGAUGGCAAACCUGAAGGAUGAGUUCUUGAAGUUGAAGGAGGCUCUGGUGAAAUCUGAGGCCAAACGCAAGGAGCUGGAGGAGAAGCAAGUCAGCUUGAUUCAGGAGAAGAAUGAUCUGUCUCUUCAGCUCCAGGCGGAACAAGACACUCUUGCUGAUGCAGCAGAAAGAUGUGACCUUCUGAUCAAAGCAAAGAUCCAGCUGGAGGCAAAGGUGAAGGAACUGACCGAGCGGCUUGAUGAUGAAGAGGAGAUGAAUGCUGAUCUGACCUCCAAGAAACGCAAACUAGAGGAUGAGUGUGCGGAACUGAAAAAAGACAUUGAUGAUCUAGAAAUCACACUGGCUAAAGUGGAAAAGGAGAAACAUGCAACAGAAAAUAAGGUUAAAAAUCUUACGGAAGAAAUGGCAUCUCUUGAUGAAAUCAUUGCUAAACUCACAAAGGAGAAGAAGGCUCUUCAGGAGGCCCAUCAGCAAACACUGGAGGACCUGCAGGCUGAGGAGGACAAAGUUAACACGCUGAGCAAAGCCAAGGCCAAACUAGAACAACAGGUCGAUGACCUGGAAGGGUCAUUGGAACAAGAGAAAAAAGUCCGGAUGGAUCUGGAACGAGCCAAGCGGAAACUGGAGGGAGAUUUAAAACUAACACACGAGUCUGUCAUGGAUCUAGAGAACGAUAAACAACAACUGGAGGAGAGACUGAAGAAGAAGGAUUUUGAAAUAAAUCAAUUAAAUUCAAAGGUUGAGGAUGAAGUGGCUCUCGUUGCUCAACUCCAGAAGAAGAUUAAAGAACUUCAGGCUCGAAUUGAAGAGCUUGAGGAGGAGUUGGAAGCAGAACGAACUGCAAGGGCCAAGGUGGAGAAGCAGAGGGCUGAUGUGUCCCGAGAGCUGGAAGAGUUGAGUGAGAGGUUGGAAGAAGCAGGAGGAGCAACAUCAGCGCAGGUGGAGAUGAAUAAGAAACGAGAAGCCGCGUUCCUCAAACUACGCCGGGAUCUGGAAGAGGCGACCUUGCAGCACGAAGCAACUGGUGCUGCUCUCCGAAAGAAGCAUUCUGACACGGUGGCAGAGCUGAGUGAGCAGAUUGACAACCUACAAAGGGUUAAGCAGAAGCUGGAGAAAGAAAAGAGUGAACUUAAAAUGGAGACAGAUGAUUUAAAUUCCAGCAUUGAACAAAUAACAAAAUUUAAGGCCAAUUCAGAGAAGAUGUGCAGAACUUAUGAAGAUCAGUUGAAUGAAGCAAAUACCAAAGUUGGAGAACUUCAGCGUCAAGUGGCAGAUCUGGCUUCACACAAAGCAAAGCUGCAGAGUCAAAAUGGGGAGUUCAGCAGACAAAUGGAAGAAAAGGAAGCUCUCAUUAACCAGCUAAGCCGUGGAAAGGUAUCCUUCACACAAAGUAUCGAUGAGUUGAGGAGACAGAUGGAGGAAGAGACCAAAUCCAAGAACGCUCUGGCUCAUGCUCUGCACGCUUCCCGACAUGAUUGUGACCUUCUGAGAGAACAGUACGAGGAGGAACAGGAGGCAAAGGCAGAACUACAGAGGGCACUGUCCAAGGCCAAUGCUGAAGUGGCCCAAUGGCGUAACAAAUAUGAAACUGAUGCAAUCCAGAGAACGGAGGAACUGGAAGAGGCAAAGAAAAAGUUGGCGAUCCGUCUACAAGAAGCAGAGGAGGCAGUGGAAGCAGUGAAUGCCAAAUGCUCCUCCCUGGACAAGACAAAGCAUCGUCUGCAGACAGAAAUUGAGGAUUUGACCAUUGACCUGGAGAGAGCAAAUUCAGCCGCCCUCGCUUUUGACAAAAAGCAACGCAACUUCGACAAGACAAUCGCUGACUGGAAGCAGAAGUUCGAGGAGGCUCAGGCUGAGCUGGAGACAUCACAGAAGGAAGCUCGUAGUCUGAGCACUGAGCUUUUUAAACUGAAGAAUGCCUAUGAAGAGUCAUUAGACCAACUGGAGACUCUCAAACGAGAGAACAAGAAUCUUCAAGAUGAGAUCACAGACCUGACCGACCAGAUCAGUGAAGGCAGCAAAACCAUCCAUGAACUGGAGAAAGUGAAAAAGAGCCUGGAACAGGAGAAGACCGAGGUGCAGGGAGCAUUGGCGGAAGCUGAGGGUGCCCUUGAACAUGAGGAAAGUAAAACUCUGAGGAUCCAACUUGAGCUCUCACAGAUCAAAGCUGAAAUUGAACGGAAACUGGCAGAAAAGGAGGAGGAAAUUGAUAGUCUACGGCGUAACCACCAGCGAACCAUAGAAUUGAUGCAAGCAGCACUGGAUGCUGAGGCAAAGGCCAGAAAUGAAGCUAUUAGGUUGAAGAAGAAAAUGGAGGGAGAUCUGAAUGAGAUGGAACUGCAGCUGAAUCAUGCCAACAGACAAGCAGCUGAAUCACUGAAACUGUUGCGAAACCUCCAGGCUCAGUAUAAGGACAUUCAACUGGAACUUGAUGAAACCAUUCGCCAGAACGAUGAUUACAAGGAACAAAUUGCAGCAGCUGAGCGGCACAGCAACCUGAUGGUGGCAGAACUUGAGGAGCUGCGUGCGGUUCUCGAACAGUCGGAGAGAGGCAGGAAACUAGCUGAGCAGGAAUUACUGGAAGCAACUGAACGUGUGAACCUGCUGCAUUCACAGAAUACAGGUCUCAUUAAUCAGAAAAAGAAGCUGGAGAAUGACAUCAAUUCUCUGAGUACUGAGGUAGAAGAGGCAGUGCAGGAAUGUCGAAACGCAGAGGAUAAAGCUAAGAAGGCAAUAACAGAUGCUGCAAUGAUGGCAGAGGAACUGAAAAAGGAACAGGACACCAGUGCACAUCUGGAGAGGAUGAAAAAGAACAUGGAACAGACAACUAAAGAUUUGCAACUGCGACUGAAUGAAGCUGAACAGAUUGCACUUAAAGGAGGCAAGAAACAGAUUCAGAAACUGGAGAGCAGAGUGAGGGAGCUGGAGUCUGAGCUGGAGGCUGAGCAAAGGAAAAAUGCAGAGUCCGUGAAAGGCCUUCGAAAGUACGAGCGGAGAAUCAAGGAGCUGACCUACCAGGGUGAGGAGGACAGGAAGAACAUCAUUUGUAUGCAAGACCUCAUUGAUAAGCUGCAACUGAAAGUGAAGAGUUACAAGCGACAGGCUGAAGAGGCUGAAGGAAACGCCAGCACAAACCUAACCAAGUACAGGUCAUUGCAGCAUGAACUGAAUGAUGCUGAGGAACGUGCUGAGAUAGCUGAAUCUCAGGUCAACAAGCUGAGAGCCAAAAGCAGGGAUAUUAAGCAUGAAGAGUAGAAGACUGGGCACAAGAUUCUGAAUUGGCUCCCUUCUGCUUCUGUGUCAAUGUAGCAUUAGUGCAACAAAGCCUAUGUGAAUAAAGAAAGUUAUAAUGCAA